AUGUCCCGCCACCCUGAAACCAACCCUCAUUUCGUCAGGCCACUCCAACAGCCCCGCCGCGACCGUGGCGACGGCCGCCGUUCCACCCCACCGGCGGUCAUAACUCCUCCAGUCAGUGGCCCAGCCACUCCUCCCCCGCCGCGCCACCAUAACCAGGAAAUUCCGGACCCUGGCAACCAACACUUCCCUCUCCACGUCGACGAGGAAUUACUCCCGCCGCGCAAUAAGCCAUUGGGCCCGAUCCGCCACCAGGAACGCGGACAGUUCCGCAGCCCAUGGGCCAUACCACCACAUCACCCGCAGCCGGCCCACGGCCCAGCCCAUGACGGCAACUACCAAAGCCCAUGGAUACUCCCGCCCUCAUCAUCCCACCCGACCGACGACCACGGCCCGCUCGUCACCGAACCCCACCGCCACGACUCCGAGCCGCCACCGCACCCGCGUCCACAACCGCCGCCGAAACAUCCACGUCACCACCGCCAACACCGCGACGGCCGCAAGCAUCCCCCUCCUCCACCGCCGCCGCACGACGGCCCCGAUCCGGCCGUGGUCGGGCACCGGCGGGGAAGGGGCCCCGUGGUGCCGUCGCCGCGGAAGACGAAAAUCACGACGUGGUGCGCCGCCGUGUGCUGCGCGAUCUUCUGGAUCGCCAUCUUCCUCGUCGGAUUGAUCGUCCUCAUCGUCUACCUCGUCUACCGGCCGCACAACCCGCGGUUCGAGGUCUCCGACGCGACGCUGAACGCCGCGUACCUCGACGCCGGAUCCCUGCUCAACGCCGACGUGUCGGUGCUGGCGAAUUUCACGAACCCUAAUCGGAAGGUCGCCGUCGAAUUCGGGAGCCUGAUCGUCGAUCUCUACUACGGGAGCACGCUGAUCGCGACCCAGUUCAUCCAGCCGUUCUCCGCCGACCGGGCCGGGUCGAGGUUCGUGAACCUGGAGCUGGUGACGAGCCAGGUCCGGAUCCCAUUGGAGGACAGCAAGAAGCUGGAGGAACAGAUCAACAAGAAUACGGUGACGUUCAACGUAAAAGGGGUGUUCCGUGUUCGAUCCAAGCUGGGUUCGUUUCUGAGAUACUCGUAUAAGCUCUACGGUCACUGUACAAUUGUCACGACGGGGCCUCCGAAUGGGAUAUUACGUGGAAAACGGUGCAUUACCAAGCGAUAG